AUUCACUUUUACUUUUUCUCUACGCCUUUUUCUACACAAGUUCAUCAGACAACAGUGGUAAGUUGAAAUCGUUCUACAACUACGGUGAGUAAUGGCUUCUUCUCCUUUCCUGGUAACCUGCAUCACCUGUCAUAUGUAUAGUUUAUCAAUCUCUGUCGGCAGUGAGGGAUUCACAUGUGAUAAAUGCAGGGAAAUAGUUAGGCUGACAGAGAAGAUUUCAGAACUAGAGACACGCAUCCAAACUUUAAUCGAGGAUAGUAAGAAUGUGAGGGCAUUAGAUACGGCUUUGGAUGCGACUAGCUCAGGAAGUCCCGUACAUUGUUCGGUUCCGGUAACUUCGCCUUUGCAGCAGGGCAACUGGGUGACUGUGAGGCGGCAUAGUCUCGGGUCAAAACACCGCUCUUCUGUUCCGAUCAGAACAUCAAACAGGUUCUCCCCACUCAGUGACGCACCCACUGAGAAACCUGAUCAAAGUGCUCUAGUUAUUGGCGAUUCUAUUGUACGGAACGUGAAAAUAGAGACACCACCCACCAUAGUCCAAUGUUUACCGGGAGCCAGAGCGCCUGACAUCUUGGCAAAUUUAAAAGUGCUGGCUAAUGCUAAACGUAAAUUCAGUAAGAUCGUUAUUCACGUCGGCACUAAUGAUGUUCGACUUCGCCAGUCGGAGAUCACUAAAAAUAAUGUUAAAGAGGUGUGUGAACUUGCAAGUACGAUGUCAGAGACUGUAAUUUGCUCUGGCCCCCUCCCUGCGUAUCAUGGUGACGAGAUACAUAGUAGACUGUCGUCACUAAAUGGCUGGAUGUCUAAGUGGUGCCCGCAGAAUAACAUAGGUUUCAUAGACAAUUGGACAAGUUUUUGGGGCAGACCUGACCUGUUGAAAAGAGAUGGUCUUCAUCCCUCCAGGGGUGGUGCUGCUCUUCUCUCUAGUAAUAUGGCAUAUAGUCUUAGAGUUUGCACUUGACUAACUGGGGCCCAGGUCAGGAAGCAGACAGACUGGCUAAUCCGACCGUCUGCUAGCCGCCUCACGUCACCAAAAUCAGUUAAUUCUCAGCACAUAGAGACCCUUUCACCUAGAUACCAUGCUAUAGAGACUGUGUCUGUUCCCCGAGCUAGACAAUACAAAAGACGUCCAAACCAAUUCAAGAGUAACAAUCUAAUCAACGUUCAACAAAUUAAAAA